GGACUGCCCUCGCGGUAAUGAGUGGAGUCAGGUAACCAACCACCGGUCAGACCCUCUCCAUUCACCGACGGCUGCAUAAACGCAGGGAGGCGACCCGAGCUUCUCCGUCACACUAUCAUAUCUGUGCUUUCCCUCGUUGACGGAGUCGAUGCCGCGACUUUCUUCCCCUCCUCUUUCUCUCUCCGCGCGCGCGCGCGCGUGUGUGUAGUCUGUUUAAUAGUAGACCAGUAAUAGUUUGGUGAACUCGAGGACGUGUCUGCCGGUGUUCAUGUGACGAGUUUCGUGCUUCGUGAAGCUGCUUCAGCACAGAGGAACAAUUCAGGUGUACAGCUCCACGAGUUCAGACGCUAGAGUCGUCCUCUGCCUCGGUUUUCUGGGUUUUCUGGAUCUACUUUUCCCCUUCUCCCCUUUAACAUUGGACUUGGAACAUUUCACGAGGCCGAGCUUGAACAGGUUCCAGGAUGGAUGAGGCUGAGAAGUACCAACUGCGAGUGGAGGCCAUUGCUGAAAAGCGUCGGCAGCAGGAUGAGCAGGAAAAAGUCAGGAGAGAGAUGGAGGAGGAGAAGCUCAGACUGCAGCAGCUCAAGAGGAAAUCGUUAAGGGACCAGUGGCUGAUGGAAGGAGCUCCCCUGUCCCCGACGUCUCUUGCUGCCCAGAGCCCUCACUCGCCUCUGUGGGGCUCCCAGGCCCAGGAGAUGGAAAAGCACAUUGACAAGUUGCAGGCAGAGAGUCAGCGGUUGGCGGAUGAGAGCGAGAAGGAGUUGCUGGAGGAUGGACAAGCACAAACUUUUCAUUCCUCUCCUGUCCCUUUUACCCAGCAGCAGGCAGUGAAGGUGUCAGACGCGGGAGCAGGAACGAUCCAAGAUGUUGUGCAGAACGGAGAAACAAAGGCAACGGCAACAAUAGAAACAAGUGAUGCGGAAGUAAAUAUAACCCAAAGCCCUCUACUGGACGGAACUGCGGUUGUGUUAACUAACGGUGGAGGAGCAGCAUUUAAAGAUGAUAAUCACGAGGCCAAGGAACCCUUCAGCGUUUCGGAAGGAGUCCUUUCCAUGAGGGUGGAACCUGGGUUGAGUCUCGCUGUCCCUGAGGCAGAGCCUGGACAUGUUCCAGAGGUCAACUUGAAUGGGGGCGAAGACGAAGGAACGUUGGUGAUGAGAGCAGAGUGUGUGAUUGUCACAGAUGAAGCUGAUGAUGCGCCUGAGGAUAAUGCUAAUACACCCGAGGCAGACGAGCAGGAGUCUGUGCAGGAAAUGCCCCUGCCACAUCAAGGAGUGAGCAAAGAUCACAGGGAAAUUGUGGAGGAGGUAAUAAAAACAGAAACGGCUCCAGAAACGUUUACACAGCCAGAUCGGAGCACAGCGCCUGAAUCCGCUCCAGAGGCACAACUAGAUACUGGAGCUGGAGAUGUGGAGGGUGACAUCGAGACAAACGAAAGCGCUGAAGCUGAAGCACAGGGAACACAACUGCAACUGCAGCCUCCGGCCACGGCUCUAGAGGGCACUGCAAUGGCUUCAGUGCCGGUUUACUCUGAGACGCAGCCCUCCGCUGUCACACCCAUAGCUGAAGUUGAAGCUGUAAUGUCACCAGAGGGAGCCCAAGAUCCUGUGACCGUGUCUGACCAGUUUCAGGAGGUGCCCCUGGCCGAUCCCCACGAGAACCAGAGGACAGAGGCAGUGCUGGCAGAGCAGGAGCCUCUUCUGUCUCAGGUCAAAGCCCCUAGUGUCAGAGCAGAAGCAGCAGCAGCAGCAGCAGAAGUAAACAGCCCGGUCAAUACAGACACACACAGCCCAGUGAGGGCUCGUCAGGGAGAGGAGACUGAAGCACCCAAACGCAAAACCUGCCAGUGCUGCUCUGUCAUGUAAAUGUCCUCUCUGUACAUUCAUUUCCUCUCUCCCUCUUCAGUCUGCAAUAUCCCUUACACUGACCUCCUGAUGUUCGAGACAGAACACACUCCCCCCCCCCCCGUCUUUUUAUUUAAUGCACCCACUUUUUAAUCACUAUGGCCACAAGCUAUUUCCCUUCCCUCGACCACCCUCAGCCAACAGUCUUUGUAUUCAUCCUGAAACUUCCUCAUCCCACUCGUGAGCUUUGAUAAUCCAAGAGGAAGUAAGCUCUCUUCUGCAUGAAGCGUGGAGAAAAUGACAUGGACUUAUCAGUUUUGGUUGUUGUUUUUUUUUAAGUGCCUUGAGGAGCUCGCGAACCCAGGACUGCAUUUUAAAUUUGUUGUCACGCGCAUGAUGUUUGAAUUUGAUUACAUUUGGAUCACAUAGGAGAUGAGCCAGCCAAGCUACGUAGGAUCAUAAAAUGUAGAUGCAGUGAGGCAUAAUAACAGAUAGCGUUUAUUUUUUUAACUCUUGUGUCUACAUGUACACGUCCAAAGACGUGGGGAGGUUCUGAGAGGAUCUUCUUCUAAUUGAAUUACUUUAAAGCUGAAUUAUUUUAUUGAUUUUCUUUUAUUAGAUACUUUUUAAUCCAAGUAUUGGAUCUGAACAUUUGUAUUCACUUUGUAAUAUAGAUUCAUACAUUUGUCAAAUUUAUAACACUGAAUAUGUGUGGGCUACUGUCAGUUUUAAAAGAGAAAAGUGAUUUUUUAUAUAUAUAUAUAUAUAUAUAUAUAUAUAUAUAUAUAUAUAUAUAUAUAUAUGCGCGCACCAUAAGAUUUUGAAUAGUUGGGUCCAAGCUCUCUGAAACGUCUCCCUGCAUGGAUGUGUAGACUGUAUACAGAGUGUCUGCUUCAUGAAUGGUGUGAUGAUUAAACUGACAUAACAAUGAGUGACAAACUGGAUGUUCAUCUAACACUAUCUAUUCAUAAAAACAGUGACUUUUUUUCACAGUAUUGCCUCUUCCUGAAUCCAGGGAUAUGAAAGGCUCCCAGUUUCAACUUCGAAUUCAUCAUCCAAUUUCACAAAAGAAGCUAGAGGAGCGUUGUUCUCCGACUUUGUGAGCUGAAGAUUUAGUGAAUUAUCCUUCCUUCAGUGUACCAGUUUAAAAAAAAAAAAUAAAACACUUGUAUACAUAACUGCAGUAUGAAUGGAUACAAUAUACACACAAUUCUGCUUAAAUUGUGGCGAAUAUUCCCCUGAAAGGAAGAAGGAAGAUCCAAGUGAGUGAUUGUGCAGACGGAGCAGGAUCACAGGCUGAGCUCACGAGAGGAUGUGCCCGUUGUUGCCUCUAACAAUCCUUCCACUGAGAUUAUGACACUUGUCAAAGCUGCCUGAAGUCUGUCAUCUCUCCCUCUGAAAACUGUAGUCACCACUCAAGAGUCAGAGCAGAGCCUGGUACGGGGAAAAUAGUUCCAGCGGGGUCUUGGGAUUUUGUUAAAUAAUCACGUGUGUCUCCCUAUAAUACAUAAAGUGGAGGGAUAGUCAUUAAACUGCCCUCAUAAAAAGAUUAGUGAGGGUUAAAAUGCACAGUGGAGUACACACGCUGCUGAGUCGUCGCACAUUUUCACAUCAUUAAAACUGCACUCCGCAGAGAGAUCUCCAUCUUUAAUCUUUUUAAAAUCAAUACAACGGACGAACACGAACAAUGUCUUUACAGUCGUAACUGUAUUUGUGUAAGUGUCUAUUUGCGCAUGAAGCCAUCGAUUAAACUUAAGAUCAACUAUUACUAUUAUUUUACUUUCAGACGACAGUAAUUGUCCUUUGCUGAUUUAAUAUUCCAAUAAUUUAGCCGGUUAUUAUGGUACUACUGCUGCUUUCUGAUACAAAACUUCCCAGUGGAAACCAAAACAAAUUGUGUGAGAUGAGGUUAACAAGUUCCAGUGAAAUUAACAGGCACAUACUCGGUGCAUGUGCCAUUGAUCUCUUCUGCUUGGUGUCCCUGAACCACCCAGCUGCUGCCUCUAAAAGUUAUAGGUGGAUUAAAAGGAGAUGAAGGGGUUAAUCGCUCAGGUUGAGGGUCUCAGCAUGCCGUGACAUUUUCUGAUGGAUCCUACAGAGGGGCUUCAUCCAGACCAAACCACUGAAGCAGCUCAAACUUUGGCUCCACGGUGUUCCUCAAUUCCAUCUUUCACUUGAAACCAGAGCAGGGAGGUCCCCAUGUCAGCAAAUGAAUGAUUUAUUAAGGGUUAAACCCAGUAAAGAGGUCAAAAUGAAUUAAUUAUUAAGAUACUGUGUUAAAGUCCAAAAGACCAUUGGUAUUCUGGGUAAAAAAAACAACCAGAUUUUAAAAGAACUAAUAUUACAACUGUGGGCUUUUUGUUUAUUUAACUGUGACAUUAUUUGACUACCCAUGGGCCCACUCUAUUUCCCGGACAGAGUGCAUUAUAUGGGAGGUCUCGUCCGUACUAAUCAAUAUUGCGAAAAUACAGGCCUCUAUAAAACCAGAAAACUGCUCGACACACUGACCAGGAGACAUCUCUAUGCAACUGAACUGUGAUCCAAAUAAUCCGACAACAGACGGUGAUGGAAAUGUUCGCUGUAUUUGUUGCGGUUCUCUGUUUGGUGUCCGUGAGCCAUUCGUCUCCUCUGGCCUGUGAAGAUUUACUCCGGCCUUCAGAUCAACUGGAUUCUCAUCAUUUAGAGGGAAGAUGGAACUUGGUUGCAGGCAGUCUGAAAAACCCUGCUGAUGCUCAAGUCUUAAAAGGACAAGACAGUGUAACUAUUGAUUACAGCAACUCCUCUUACUACCACACCCACCGUAAUGGCAUGAACUGCACAGUUGAACACCAUGAAAUCACAUUGGACGGCCACAUUUUUAACAUGCCAGGACAGAGUUGGAACUUCACUGGGACCCUAUUCAGUACCUGUCCAGACUGCCUGGUGGUUGGUGUCAAUAUGGAGACGGCCACACACAAGAGUUUGAACAUUUACCUGUUCAGCAGGAGGAGGGAGGUGACGCAGAAGGAGAUGGAGGACUUCACAGCUCAAGUAGAUUGUCUGAAAUUACCUCCACCUGUUGUGAUGGAUCCUAACAAGGGGACCUGUCCAGAAAAGAGAGCCAUUGAGAAAACAGAGGAAGAAAUAAACUGACCAUCAAGUUUUACAUAGAAUACACCAGAGCAGAGGGAAGAGAGGCAUACGGUGAUAUCUGGUGUGUCAUGGUGUGAAUAAAUAUUCAUUUGUACCAGUUCUAAUAAAUAUUUAAUCAGAACUUGAA